UUUUUGGUAAAAAUUAUCAGAAGCAGAUCAAGAACCUCCUCGCCGAAAAGAGUUGAGUAACCCCCGCUCCUCAGUGAAGAGAGUUGAGCCCUGAGCGACACCAGCCACCGCUUACCAGCCCUGAGUCGACCCCGGCGCUGUGCAAGUGAACACUUCAAGCUAAAACAAGUUCCACUUCUGAGCACUAUGUCCGAUUCAGAAUUUGAAGUUAUUCCGAAGCAGGGAUCUACAAAGAAGACUCCUGCUGCACGCCAAAUGAAGCGUUCGCGAGCCCCUCCGUCAAUUUCGUCGAUUGACCAGGAGAAUACAAAGAAGAAAUCAAAGACACACGACAUCUUCGGGCUAAGUCACGGGCGCACGGUCGGCAAUGAAGGAAGCGACAAGAGGAUCGUAUCGUACUUCGUGGACAAGGUGGCGAACGGGUCAGAGCGGCGUACAACUAGCUUGGAUGGCGAAUACGUGGUGGACUUAAAGAUAUACCAUGCCAACGACGUGAACAACACUGAUUCAAGAGAAGUCUGGCGCAAGGCUCUUCUACGAAUCAAGCUGCAGACUCCGGAUGACAGCGAUGAGUGGAAGUUGUUACAGAAGCUAGUUACACGAAUUGACAAAAACUUUGAAGAUGAACCACGAUUUUACUCUGACAAACUUGUAGAUUGA